CGCUAGUGUGGGCGAGCCGUCCCCGGCACAGACCCCCACCCCCCACCCGGAGCCACCAUGCCCGCGCCCCCGCCUCGCCGCCAGCUUCCCUGCUAGGAGCAAGAAGGGAUGUGGUGAAUGCACCGGCUUCACCGAGCGAGAGCAGGACCCUGCUCGGGCACAGGGCGCCAGGCACACCAUGGCCGACGCAGACGAGGGCUUUGGCCUGGCACACACUCCCCUGGAACCUGAUUCGAAGGAUCUACCCUGUGACUCCAAGCCCGAGAGCACGCUAGGGGCCCCCAACAAGUCUCCGUCAUCCCCGCAGGCCGCCUUCACCCAGCAGGGCAUGGAAGGGAUCAAGGUGUUUCUCCACGAAAGAGAACUGUGGCUGAAAUUUCACGAAGUCGGCACAGAAAUGAUCAUAACCAAGGCCGGAAGGCGGAUGUUUCCCAGUUACAAAGUGAAGGUGACGGGCCUUAACCCCAAAACGAAAUACAUCCUCCUCAUGGACAUCGUUCCCGCGGAUGACCACAGAUACAAGUUCGCAGACAAUAAAUGGUCUGUGACGGGCAAAGCAGAGCCCGCUAUGCCGGGCCGCCUUUAUGUGCACCCAGACUCGCCGGCCACUGGGGCACACUGGAUGCGGCAGCUGGUCUCCUUCCAGAAACUCAAGCUCACCAACAACCACCUGGACCCAUUCGGGCACAUUAUUCUAAAUUCCAUGCACAAAUACCAGCCCAGAUUACACAUUGUGAAAGCAGAUGAAAAUAAUGGAUUUGGCUCAAAAAAUACUGCGUUCUGCACCCACGUCUUUCCUGAGACUGCCUUUAUUGCGGUGACUUCCUACCAGAACCACAAGAUCACCCAAUUAAAGAUUGAGAAUAAUCCCUUUGCCAAAGGAUUCCGGGGCAGUGACGACAUGGACCUACACAGAAUGUCAAGAAUGCAAAGUAAAGAAUAUCCCGUGGUUCCCAGGAGCACAGUAAGACAGAAAGUAGCCUCCAACCACAGUCCUUUCAGCAGUGAGCCUCGAGCUCUGUCCUCCUCGUCCAACUUGGGGUCCCAGUACCAGUGCGAGAAUGGUGUAUCCGGCCCCUCCCAGGAUCUCCUGCCCCCGCCCAACCCAUACCCACUGCCCCAGGAGCACAGCCAGAUUUAUCACUGCACCAAGAGGAAAGCAGAUGAAGAAUGUUCUACCACGGACCACCCGUACAAGAAGCCCUACAUGGAGACGUCGCCCAGCCCCGAGGACCCUUUCUACCGCUCCGGCUACCCCCAGCAGCAGGCCCUGAGUGCCUCCUACAGGACAGAGUCGGCCCAGCGGCACGCCUGCAUGUACGCCAGUUCCGUGCCCCCCAGCGAGCCGGUGCCCAGCCUGGAGGACAUCAGCUGCAACACGUGGUCCGGCAUGCCUUCCUACAGCAGCUGCACGGUCACCACGGUGCAGCCCAUGGACCGGCUACCCUACCAGCCCUUCUCCGCUCAUUUCACCUCGGGGCCCCUGGUCCCCCGGCUGGCUGGCGUGGCCAACCACGGCUCCCCGCAGCUCGGAGAGGGAAUGUUCCAGCACCAGCCCUCCGCGGCCCACCAGCCCGCGGUCAGGCAGUGCGGGCCUCAGACCGGCCUCCAGUCCCCCGGCGGCCUUCAGCCGUCCGAGUUCCUGUAUCCUCACGGCGUGCCGAGGACCCUGUCCCCACAUCAGUACCACCCUGUGCACGGGGUCGGCAUGGUGCCAGAGUGGAGCGAGAACAGCUAAAGGGAGGGCUGCUUCGUCACGGACGUUGGCCGGGGAGAGAGAGAGAGAGCGAGCGAGAGAGCGGGAGACAGACGGAAGCAGAGAGGACCCCCGCGGGAGGCGUUUCUCCGUCCUAUCUAAAUAUUGUGUCUGCCCUCGAGAGCCCUGGACGCUGAUCUAAUCAGUAGCUCGAAACCACAAUUCAGAAAAGGUGACUUUGUUGUUUCAACACUUAAAAAAAAAAAAAAGAAAAAAAAAAAAAACAACAAAAAAACAAAACCAAGAUGCGCCCCACCUGCCACGACCACUCCACGUGUUGGCCGGCCAUGUUCACGCCACCUCCGGGAGUCCUCCGUGAUUCCUUCUUUUGGCCUCCAAAAGGCCUUUGCCUUAUCGAGGGUUUUAGCCUAAAGGUGUGGCUGGAGCCUUUCCUGUCUCAGUGUUAAUGUUGACGUUGUUAUAUAAUAAAUAAUAAUAUAUUUUUUCUUUCAAUUUUCUUAAUGGGACCCAGUCCCUUAUGGGGGGGGGGGGAGGGGGGUAAGUCUGAGGCAAGUGUGUUUCCUAUAUGUACUUGUGGGGGUUCCCCUCACGUACACCACGGCCGGAACCGGAGAUUCGCCACCCUGCCCUUGACUAAGAAAUUACCUACCUCUGCCACGUGAUGUUCUCGAGAAAGUUCCCUACGUCCUGGCCUUUGUCCGACUUUUCCCACCUUGCCGGGCCUUGCGGAGCCCCGCUUGGCCCUUCUUCUUUACCAGCGGGGUCAGCAUAGCGUGGCACUCCGUCUGGCCUCCUAUCUUACUCAGCCCUCCCGUCGUCCCAGCUCUGUCUUUCCAGCCGUCUGUCGCUAAGACGUGGCCUAUAGCUUCCCGACCGGAAAGCUUGCUUUGAAAAACUUAAAAAGCCUUGGGUUACACGCGGGCAGAACUGUGAUAAGCCAGGAGCAAGCUCUGUGCCGACAAGCGUUGCAAAAAGGCCAAAGCAAAUAUUCGUCCUGAUAAAACACAAAGCCAGCCCCAAGCUUCCAAAUGUCCGUCACCGUCGACCCGGCCCGGACGCCACGCGAGGCCCGCCGUUCCUAGAGAAAGGGCGAGACGUGCUCGCCGAUUGGUUUUCUCCAAAGCGAUCAUACCAACGCCAGAUGCCGACACCAAACUGUGGUUAUUGAAAGCAGAAAACAGUAUUAAAAAAAAAAAAAUAAGCGUGUAAGUAAAAUGUUAUUGCAGGGUUCUUCAGAUGUAAUAUUUUACUGGUACUAUUUAUUUAUAAAUAGGAAUUCUAAUUAAGUAAUAACAUGAAAUGAAAUCCAGCAUGGGAGCUGGCCAAGAGCUUUUAAUUUUAUGAAUACUCAAAACCAAGUUUGCGUUUUUUUUUCUCUUUCGAAUGUGCUUUGCUUUCUUGAUUAAAAAAAAAAAAGUUGUUUUUUUUUUU